UAAAAUGAGUCUCUCCGGGGAGAGAGAGGAGGGGACUACUGCCUCUAAAAUGAGUCUCUCUGGGGAGAAAGAGGAGGGGACCACUGCCUCUAAAAUGAGUCUCUCUGGGGAGACAGAGGAGAGAACCACUGCCUCUAAAAUGACUCAAGACACCAGAUCAAAGAGUGUCCAGAAGCCCAGAGCAGAGUCACCUACAACCAGCCUGGUAUCAAUGAAGAGUGAUCAGCCACCUGCUUUCAGCCAGGAACCAUUACCAGAUGACAAUAAGGAAGUGGAGAGUUUGGACAGUGAGGAUGCAUUAAAGAUCACACACAACCGUCUGGACAGAAGAAGUCAAACUCUGCUGACAGUCCAACAAGACAUCAAGGCUAAACUGAAACACAAGUAUCAACACAUAUCUGAAGGAAUUGGACACCAUGGAAACCAGAGUCUGUUCAAGGACAUCUACACAGAGCUCUACAUCACAGAGGGUGGAAGUGGAGGGCUCAAUAAUGAACAUGAGGUUAGACAGAUAGAGAUGGCAUCCAAGAAACUAACCACACAAGAGACACCAAUCAAAUGCAACGACAUCUUCAAGCCUUUACCUGGACAAGACAAACCUAUCAGAACUGUGCUGACAAAAGGAAUCGCAGGCAUUGGAAAAACAGUCUCUGUGCAGAAGGUCAUCCUUGACUGGGCAGAGGGAAAAGCAAAUCAGGAUGUUCAUUUCAUGUUUCCUCUUCCUUUCCGUGAUCUGAACCUGAAAAAGGACCAAUACAGUCUGAUGCAACUUCUUUCCCACUACUUCUCAGAUCUGAAAGAAAUUGACAGCAUUGAAGAUGGUGAAACCAAAACUGUUUUCAUUUUUGAUGGUCUGGAUGAGUGUCGACUUCCUCUAGACUUCAAAAACAAUGAGAAGUGCUGUGAUGUCACAAAGCCAACCUCAGUGGACGUGCUGCUGACAAACCUCAUCAAGGGGAAUCUGCUUCCCUCUGCUCUCCUCUGGGUAACCUCACGGCCUGCAGCAGCCAAUCAGAUCCCUCCUGAGUGUGUUGACCAGGUGACAGAGGUACGAGGGUUCAAUGAUCCACAGAAGGAGGAGUAUUUCAGGAAGAAUGUCACAGAUCAGAAUCUGGCCAAUGAAAUCAUCAAACACAUGAAGACAUCAAGGAUCCUCCACAUCAUGUGCCACAUACCAGUCUUCUGUUGGAUAUCAGCCACGGUCCUUGAGAUGAUACUGAAAGGGGCAGAGAAGGAUGAAGUCGUCAAAACUCUGACCCAGAUGUAUUCACACUUCAUGCUCAUCCAAAUCAUUGUGAAGAACAGGAAGUACAACAAAACCACAGAGACAAACCCAAAGGAACUGUCACAGUCAGACAAAGAGAUGAUCCUGAAACUGGCAAAGCUGGCUUUCCAACAGCUGCAGAAGGGCAACCUGAUCUUCUAUGAGGAGGACCUGAGAGAGUGUGGCCUUGAUGUCACAGAGGCAUCAGAGUACUCAGCAUUGUGUACAGAGAUCUUUAAAGAAGAAUCUGGGCUGUACCAAGAGAAGGUCUACAGCUUUGUGCAUCUGAGCAUUCAGGAGUUUCUAGCAGCAGUGCAUGCUUUAGAAUCAUGUCUGGACAAGAAGGAAAAUGUUUUCUCCCCACUAGUGACGAAGGAGUCAAUCCAGUUGUCUGACUUACACAGGAGAGCAGUGGACCAGGCCUUGAAGAGUGAGAAUGGACACCUGGACCUGUUCCUCCGCUUCCUUCUGGGUCUCUCACUGGAGUCCAAUCAGAAUCUGUUACGAGGCCUUCUGACACAGACAGGAAGUACAACACAGACCAAUGAGGAAACAGUUGAGAGAACAGUCAGGUACCUUUCAGACAACAUCGAAAGGGAAUCCUCACCAGAAAGGAUCAUCAACUUGUUCCACUGUCUGAAUGAACUUGGUGCCAACUCUCUUGUUGAAGACAUGCAGACCUCCCUGCGAUCAGGAACCCUUUCAGAAACAAGACUAAAACCUGACCAAUGUUCAGCCCUGGCCUACCUGUUACUGAUGUCAGAGGAGGUGCUGGAGGAGUUUGACCUGAAGACGUACAACACAUCAGAGAAAGGUUAUCAGAGGUUGUUGCCCGUAGUGAGAACCUGCAAGAGAGCACUACUAGCUGGCUGUAAACUCACAUAUGAAUCCUGUGAGACUCUGGCCUCAGCUCUGCAGACACCAAACUCCCCCCUGAGAGAACUGGACCUCAGCCACAACAAUGACCUGGGAGACAGAGGAGUGGAGCUGCUCUGUGAUGGACUAACCAGUCCACUCUGCAACAUACAGACACUAGUGCUGUCUGGCUGUCUGGUCACAGAGGAGGGCUGUGCUGUUCUGUCUUCAGCUCUGAGGUCAAACCCCCACCUGAAAGAGCUGGACCUGAGCUACAAUCACCCAGGAGACUCUGCAGGGGGACUGCUUUCAGCUGCUCUGGUGGAUCCCACAUAUAAACUGAUGAAGCUGAAUGUGGAUCAUGGUGGAGAGUGCAGGCUGAAAUCAGGGCCGAGGAAAUAUGCCUGUCAUCUCACCUUGGACCCAAGUACAGCAAACCCAGACCUGAUACUGUCUGAGGGGAACAGGAAGGUGACACCGGUGGUGGAGGAGCAGCAGCAUUAUGAAGACGAUCCAGACAGAUUUGACCGUUAUCGCCAAGUUCUCUGCAGAGAAGGCUUAUCUGAUUCUCGUUAUUACUGGGAGGUGGACUGGGAUGGUGGUGGGCCUGCUAUUGGUGUGGUGUACAAAGGAAUGUUGGGAAGGGCUGGCAUUUGUAUUGGACUCACCAGCAAUUCCUGGUGUAUGUACUGCUCUGACAGCGUUUAUGACUUUUACAAUGCUGGAGUCCGUAGUAGAUCCAUUCUUGGCCCUGUAUCUAGCAGAGUUGGAGUGUAUCUGGACUGGCCAGCUGGUACUUUGUCCUUCUAUAGUGUGUCCUCUGGUACACUGACACACCUUUACACAUUCUACACCACGUUCACUGAACCCCUCUAUCCUGGAUUUGGGUUUCUUUUGUUGAAAACCUCCUCAGUGACCCUGUAUCAGAUCAACGACAUUCAAAGAGACCAUGGUGGAGAGAGUUGGAUCAAGCCUGGACCUGAGGACACCAGAGACCAUGGUGGAGAGAGUUGGAUCAAGCCUGGACCUGAGGACACCAGAGACCAUGGUGGAGAGAGUUGGAUCAAGCCUGGACCUGAGGACACCAGAGACCAUGGUGGAGAGAGUUGUAUCAAGCCUGGACCUGAGAAAUGGAUUCCUCAGAGCUGUAAGACUUGUGACCAUGUUGAGGUAAGUCAUUAUGUCAAUUCUUACUUUUACAUACCUGCAGGAGUCAGGCACAGUCUCAAAGCCAGGUGUGUACUGACCAACCAUUCAUACUGGGAUAUAGACAGUCCUGUGUUCUGCUUUAGUAAUAUAAACACAGUCUCAAAGCCAGGCGUGUACUGACCAACCAUUCAUACUGGGAUAUAGACAGUCCUGUGUUCUGCUUUAGUAAUAUAAACACAGUCUCAAAGCCAGGUGUGUACUGACCAACCAUUCAUACUGGGAUAUAGACAGUCCUGUGUUCUGCUUUAGUAAUAUAAACACAGUCUCAAAGCCAGGUGUGUACUGAUCAACCAUUCAUACUGGGAUAUAGACAGUCCUG